UUCGCAUCUGACGUGUCUAAAACAGUUUAGCUCUGGUGGCGGAUUUCUUUUACCCGUGGGGGAUUUAACAUCGAUUCGACUAAUAUUUGAUACGUGGUGUCAAGAUGCUAGAUUUCUUCACCAUAUUCAGCAAAGGGGGGAUAGUGUUGUGGUGCUUUCAUGGAGCCGGGGUCAGUGAAUCCUUCGCCGGGCCUGUCAACGCUCUGAUCCGCUCCGUAAUCCUUCAGGAGCGAAGUGGGAACAAUUCAUACACUCACGAGGCCCUGAGUCUGAAAUACAAGCUCGACAAUGAGUUUGAGUUGAUUUUUGUGGUGGGUUUUCAAAAGAUCCUGACGCUGACGUAUGUGGACAAGUUCAUAGAUGAUGUUCAGCUCCAUUUUAGGGAUCGGUAUAAGAACGAGCUGGAGCAAAAGGGGGCUUUGAAGCUAAUCAAUAACAGCUUUGAGUUUGGGGAUGACUUCAAGGUGCUUCUCAGGGAGGCGGAGGAGAGCAGCAGAGCUCGGGGUCCGACUGCCAUGCGGACCUUUAAGGAGUCCGAGAAAUCCCAAAAAACUGUGAAGUCUAUGAUUGAGAUCAAGGGUGGGGAAAAAGUCAAGGAACCGGGUGGCAAGAAGAAUAAAAACACCAAAAAGGAGGCUCCUGCAGCUGAGCCUGUCAAAGUGGAUCAAGGCAAGGCCGCGUCGUCUGAGAAUGGUAACCAGGGCUUUACUCCCGAGGAGAUCAUACAGAAGAAGCGAGAGGAAUUCUUUCGCAAGCGCACGGUGGUACCCACUGAGAAAGCCACUUGCAGUAAGUCCCCAAAACCUCAGAAGCCCAAGGAGAAGCAAAGGCGUGUUUGGGACAUGGGUGGCAGCAGCACCAAGGAGCUGGACUACAGCGGAAGGAAUGGAGAUGAUUCCCUAAAUGGUAGCAAACAGAACCAGGAUGCACACAUUGACCUGGGGAUGCUAAACUCCAUGAAGGGUGACCUGCUGUCUGUGGACUAUGAGUCCAGUGAGGACGAGGAGAUGGAGGAGGAGGAGGAAGAGGAGAGAGUGGUUGUCAGUGAAACAAGCAAGACAAGCUCCAAAAAGAGUGGCGGUUUUGGGGGCAUGUUUGGGAUGCUGAAGGGCCUGGUGGGCUCCAAGAGCCUGAGCCGUGAGGACAUGGAGUCAGUGCUGGAGAAGAUGAAGGACCACCUGAUCACAAAGAAUGUAGCAGCCGAAAUCGCCUACCAGCUCUGUGACUCUGUAGCCAAGAAACUGGAGGGCAAAGUCAUGGGCACAUUCACCACUGUGGCCUCAACAGUAAAGCUGGCCCUGCAGGACUCACUGGUGCAGAUCCUGCAGCCCAAGCGAAGGGUGGACAUUCUGAGAGACGUCAUGGAGUCCCAGAACCAGCGGCGGCCUUUCGUCAUCACUUUUUGCGGCGUCAACGGGGUCGGAAAGUCCACCAACCUGGCCAAGAUCUCUUUCUGGCUGAUAGAGAAUGGUUUCUCUGUGCUGAUCGCGGCCUGUGACACGUUCCGUGCCGGAGCCGUGGAGCAGCUCCGCACUCACCAGCGCCGCCUGAACUCUCUGCAUCCCCCCGAGCACCACGGAGGACGCCCAGUGGUCCAGCUCUAUGAGAAGGGCUACGGGAAGGAUGCUGCUGGAAUUGCCAUGGAGGCCAUUGCCUACGCCCGCAACCAGGCCUUCGACGUGGUGCUGGUGGACACCGCUGGGCGUAUGCAGGACAACGCUCCCCUUAUGACGGCCCUGGCCAAACUCAUAGCGGUCAACAUGCCUGACCUGGUGCUGUUUGUUGGAGAGGCUCUGGUGGGCAAUGAGGCAGUAGACCAGCUGGUAAAGUUCAAUCAGGCUCUGGCAGACCACUCCAUGUCCGACAAGCCCCGCCUCAUCGAUGGAAUCGUUCUCACCAAGUUCGACACCAUCGACGACAAGGUCGGUGCUGCCAUCUCCAUGACGUACAUCACUGGACAGCCCAUCGUGUUUGUGGGCACAGGGCAGACCUACAACGACCUGCGCAGCCUCAAUGCCCGCGCUGUGGUCAGUGCCCUGAUGAAGGCUUAAGUGACUGCAUGUUCUGCUGUUUUUAUCCAUCGCCGCAAAAACAAAAGCCAACGAUACCUUUUUGCCACGCCGCUGAGAUGUUCCAGCCCUGCUAAACCUGCCAUCCUCCUGUCCUGCCCCUCUCUACUUUGCAUCAAAUGAAGAGAUCAUGUCACGCACAGGACUUUAUUUUCCCAGUAAAGGACAAGUGUGCACUUAGAAAGACGGAACAUUUUGCAAAAAAAAAAAAAAAAAAGCCAGAGGGGCCUCCUCCCCUCGAAUCAUUUCUAAAUGUCUAGGCCUGCAUUGACGUCACAUCCAAAUUACAUUUUGGCUGACUAAAUGCACCUAGGCUGUAAAUGUCACCAGUUUACUGGUGUACACAGUAAAGACAAAAAACAAAACUCCCGACCUGGCGUUUUGUCAGUUCCCCCCCCCCCCCCCCCCUUCAUGUAAAUGGUCGAGUCGUAACGACUUGCUGGAUGCACCUGAGGAGAGCUUAGUGACCAUAGUGCCUAUCUGUCUCCUGUCUUCUUAGUUAUCACUUUCACUACAUGGGUAGUUGUCCAUCAAGAGUACCAUGCAGGUAAUAAAAAAAACAACCCACAAGUCUGAAUGUGUUUACAACAUACAGACAUAAUCUGGGCGCUGACGUUAAUGUUGUCUCCUGUCAAACAUGAAAAAGAUCUCUACUAACGGUGGUUCACUACUUCUGGAUGGAUCGGUCCGUGCCUACCUAACAGUUAACAGUUUCAUUACAAAAUGGAGACUUCAAUUUCCUCAGUUCAUAGUUGAACAGUGGGAAGAUAUUUUGUAAAUAUUUCUUAGUUCUUACAGGUUGUCCAGAUUUUCAGACUGCACUUUUCUGUGUGGUUCAUUGGAGUUCUGUUGGGCCUUUUUAUUUAUGCUUCCCCCUCUUGAUUUACUCUUCGUUCGUAAGAGGAACUAGAAGUCUUAAAUGUCUCCAGCCCCGUUUAAUUUGUGGUAGUGCAAUAUGAAAGAAUCAAGAGUUCUACAGGCCAUUUGAGCUAAUUUAUGAGAAUGUAAACGUUUCUAAAUAAAGCUGCUAUGAAGUG